AAGAAACGACCGGUAUAUCCCCUGCACAGUUGCUGAUGGGAAGGCAACUGAGGACAACCCUUCCGGCGACGAGUGUGCAACUGCGGCCGGUUGUGGUGAAUUCCCAACAAGUCCAACAGCGGGAUGGCCUUCAAAAACAACGGCAAAAGAAGAACUUUGAUGCGCGUCACGGAUGUCGGGAGUUGCAGCCACUGCAACGAAACGAUCACGUUUUAGUAUGGGAUACGAGAACACGUAGGUGGCGGAUCCCAGCAGUAGUGAUGACAGUAAUUAAUCCCAGGUCGUACGUAGUCAAGUUGGCGGGUGGGGGCCAAAUCAGACGAAACCGACAACAACUGCAGUUGAGACCAAGUGACACCUGCAAAAGAGUCGAGGACAUCCAGGAGAUGGUGGAAGAAGAUGAACAAGAGGAGGAGCAGGUGGGAAAUGCUAACACAGAUAAGCAGGCACAAGAACAACAGGAACAGAUCAACAGAACUAGGUCGGGCGGGCAAGUCCGGGAACCUGGAUGGAAGAAGGACUAUGUUUGCUAUAACUAACUAGGACGUUUAUGGGAGGACGGGGGGAUGUAGUAGUAGUAAUACGGGGUAGACAUACGGGGACUAGACGGGAAGCUAAGAUCACUCUUAAA